AUGGUCCGCAAGAUCGCCUCGCAGGUGCCUGCGACCGUGUCGCGCCUGCUGCAGUCGACCCUCCUGAACACCCCGCCAGUGUGGUACCAGCCGGUGCUGGCCAACCCCCCUCCCAUCCUCCCUCCUCGACAGGUCACGGCCCGUAACCGUCCCGAGGCAGGCAAGCAGUACCAGGACUUGGCCGUUCACCAGUCCGACGCGCGCCGAGAGGGUCGCACGCGUACCCACCACGCCAAACAGCUCCGCGAGCCCAAGCUCAAGCCCCAGCCCAUCGUCUACGAGGCCGACCGCGUUAGGAGGCAGUUCUUUGCCGACUUUCCCUUUGAGGCUCUGCGUCCCGUCUCGCUCGUCGAGAGCCGCGAGAUUGCCCAGGAGCACCCUAUCCGUGGUGCCGAGUGGACCUCGCUCGCCCAGCGCGGCGCCUUCCCCACCGUCGAGGACACUGUGGCCUUUACCAUCAACCUCCAUGAGCAGCAGGCAUUGUCCAUGACCGACGCCUACCGCAAGGCCACCGCCGAGUUUGUCGCCCUCCGCGGCGCCCACGAGCUGUCUACCCUCGUCGCCGCCGCCGAGGCUCGUCACUACGGCGCAACCUUCAAGCGUGACGAAUGGACCCGCACGUUCGACUAUGAGCAGCGUCAACUGGACGAGGGUGUCGAGGGCUCGUCGACAGGCCCCGCCCGCACGACCUUCAAGUACCGCAAGCCCAAGGUGUGGUCGUCGACCAUCAACCCCGACGCUAUCCCCCGCGGCGAGUUCUCCGCUGGCCGCGACUACGCCGCCAAGUGGCGUCUGCCCGCACCUGUCAUGUUUGACAACGCAACAUCCGAGGGCGACCUCCUCACGGCCCUCAUGGCCGAGACCAACACCUCGGAAGCGAAGGCCGAGGACGGCGAGAUGGACGACCUCGACUUUAUGAACUCGCUGGUUACCAACGACGCCGAGCUGGUUUCCGAGGACGUCAAGCCUAGGCAGCCGGGCGCAUAG